CUUCAUCAGUUUGAAAUUUCAAUGGCUACUUUUUGGCGUGUGCAGUCAAAGUUGAAGUACCAACAAACACGUGGAAGUAGUCUCUAUCAAAUCAGCUCUCAUUUAAACGCCAUUCCUGAGAUACUCUGCUUCUUCAAAUUCAAGAAUUGCAGGUAUAGUGUUUGUUUGAAGGAUGGUGAGAAUGUGGUUAGCAGUAGCACUGUUACUGAUUGCAGGAAGCUUUGUGGAGGGAAAACCUCGUCGGAUUCUGGUGGAUACAGAUGUAGACACCGAUGAUUUAUUUGCUCUUCUCUACCUUUUGAAACUCAACACAUCACAGUUUAAAUUGGAGGGCAUCACCAUCAGCGCAAAUGCUUGGACCAAUGCUGGACAUGCUGUUAAUCAAAUUUACGAUCUGCUUUACAUGAUGGGACGAGAUGACGUUGCAGUUGGAGUUGGGGGUGAGGGCGGAAUACUCUCAGAUGGUACCAUACUCCCCAACGUUGGUGGAUAUCUUCCAAUCAUAGAACAGGGAAUGACAACGGUGGGAGAUUGCAGGUACAGGCGCGCCAUUCCUGUUGGUCUUGGAGGGCGUUUGGACAUUGAUGCCAAUUAUGGUAUCAGGAAAGCUUUCCUACCACAGGGAAGAAGGAAAUACAGUCCAAUGCAACAAGCAAGCGCACAGGAAGUGUUGAUUGAAAAAAUAUCUUCUGGUCCCAUAACAGUGCUUGUGAUCGGAGUACACACGAACNUUGGAAUCUUCCUAAUGAAUAACCCANAGCUGAAANAGAACGUGGAGCGUAUCUAUAUAAUGGGUGGCGGCGUAAGGUCAAGCAAUCCAACAGGUUGUUGCCCUAAGAAUGCUUCGUCUUCCUGCGUGCCUCGCCAGUGUGGUUAUCGGGGGAACAUGUUCACAGAUAACCCUUUUGCAGAAUUCAAUAUAUUUGGAGAUCCUUUUGCAGCAUACCAGGUGAUUCAUUCUGGAAUUCCUGUUACUCUUGUUCCUCUGGAUGCAACAAACACAAUCCCUAUCACUAAGGAAUUCUUUGACGAAUUUGAAAAGAGCCAAGACACAUACGAGGCUCAGUACUGUUUCAAAUCCUUGAAAAUGGCUCGUGAUACUUGGUUUGACGACCAAUUCUAUUCGAGUUAUUUCAUGUGGGACUCUUUUGCAGCUGCAAUCUUAUAG